AUGGAAAAUCUCAUUUUGGAGAAGCACCCGAACGAAAAUUACAAGCAAGACAUAAAAUACGUUAUCAAACAAAAUCACAUUCUUCUACGAAUACUCGGCAUUUGGCCUUUGCUCGAGAGAGACCUGUCCGUUUAUGAGACGAUCUGUAAGAUCCUACUUAUAAUCAUUUGCUGUACCCUCAUUUGUUUCGAGGGUAUUCCCAGUAUGCUGUACUGCCUACUCGUCCCCGAGGGAGAACCGGGUUCGAAAUUAAAGAUGAUCGCUCCUACGGUCUACUCAUUCACCGCGCUCGCCAAAUACGGCGCUCUCAUUGUUUACGAGAAUGAGAUCAGGAGUUGCUUAAGGCACAUAAAAGACGAUUGGAGAUUCGUCGCGAUUGUGUCGAACGCGAGGGACAUCAUGCUGGAGAAGACGAAGGUGGCGAGGAGCAUGUUCACUAUCUGCUGUGUCUUCUUGUACUGCGCCGGUCUCUCUUAUCAAACGAUCGUGCCAUUAUCGCGGGGAGGAAUCGUUACCCACGAUAACGUUACGAUCAGACCGUUGGCUUACGCGGGUUAUUUCGUUCUGUUUGACGAGCAGCGCAGUCCCGCUUACGAGAUCGUGUUCACGCUGCAGUUCUUUGGCGGAUUCGUCAUGUAUUCCGUCACGAUCGUGACAUACGGACUCGCUGCGCUGUUCGUAAUGCACGCAUGUGCGCAGAUGAAGAUUUUGAUGAUGCUAAUGGAGGAUCUUGUCGACGAGCGAGUGUGCAAAGAGAAAACUGUGGAUGAGAAAUUAAUAGCGGUGGUUGAGCGUCAAAUAAGGAUACGAAAUUUCUUGUGUCUGGCGGAGGACACGCUGCAAAAAAGUAGUUUGUUUGAGAUAUUAGGAAACACUAUAAUGAUGUGUUUCGUGGGAUACUGCAUCUUGAUGGAGUGGCGAGACGGAAAUACUGCAAAUGUGUGUACCUUUCUCGUUGCCUUAGCUUCCGACACAGUUAACAUUUUUCUUCUCUGCUAUAUCGGCGAACAUAUUACAGCUACGGCAGACGAAGUAGCUUUGAAGACAAAUAUGCUAGAAUGGUAUCGUCUUCCAGCGAGAAGAACACGUUAUAUGGUGUUGAUAAUAAUUAUGUCACAUAUUCCAUCAAAAAUUACAGCAGGAAAAUUUAUUGUUCUCUCCUUAAAAACAUUUGGCGAUGUGAUGAAGUCAGCUGUUGUGUAUUUCAAUAUACUUCGUACAGUUGCCGAUUAA